AUGAAAGUAGUAUUAGUAAAAUUAGGAUUACAAAAGAUUUUUUUUAAUCAUGAAUUAUGUACUGCAACUAUUACUUUGGUUAACAACUCUGUUAGAGUUAUAAAUUUGAAUAUACCAAAUAAUAAGAUAAAAUUAUACAUUAAUUAUAAAAAAAAGAAUAGUGAAACAAAUAUUCUUAAUAAGCUACAAGCAAAUAAUUACAUAACUUUACCAAAUAGUAAUAGACAACGAAAUUGUGAAACAAAUAAUUCUAAAGAUAUAGUUUCACCAAAUAAUAAUAAACAAGAUAGCAAUGAUAAUAAUUCUGAAGAUCUAAAUAAUAAUAGACAAGAUAAUGAUGAUAAUAACUCUGAAGAUUUAAAUAAUAAUGGCCUACAAUCUAAUAAGCAUAGAAUCUUAUUAAAUAAAAAUAAAUUUUUUCAAAAUAGAGAUACUAUUUUAAAUUUUAUAUACAUAACAAUAACAGAUGAUGAAAAUACUAGAUCAGAUAAUUCAAAUAAAAAUAAUGCAGAAUCAUUAUUAGAUAAUCCAAAUGAAGAAUCAGAUUCAAUUGCUUAG